CGAAACGGAGAUUUGUGAUUUUAUACAACCUUUUAAUACGCUCCCUCGCAGUCAACAAGAACAAGGUGUUUUUUUUUCAAUAUGAAGAAUCCAGCUAAUACCAAAAAGCCAAAGGCCGCAAGGCAAGAUGACCAGGUUAUGGGUACAAACAAUAGCAGUAUCGUUUCAAAACGCAGCGUUGAAAAGAUUUACUAUCCAGAUGAACCACACUUUUUCCGGUACUUUGUCAAAAAGUUCCAGAGACGAGCUCCGUUGAUCAAUCGCGGUUACUAUUUACGUCUGCAUCUCAUCGACUGUGUGAUCAGAGACUUUUUGAGAGAGCCGUUGGCGGUCAGCAAGAAGACCAAGGUGGUAGUAAACCUGGGCUGUGGAAGUGAUGUGCUCCCCUGGCAAUGUCUUACUCGGUAUUCCAAAGACUGCGACUCGGUUUUGUUUGUUGAUGUCGACUUUCCAGACUUGAUUCUCAGAAAGCGAAAUGUCGUCCUAGAAACCCCUGAGCUCAAGGACCGUUUUGCGCCCUUGGAGACACUCGACACUCCACCCAUCUUCUUGCGCAGCAGUCGAUAUGUCCAGGUUGGCUGUGAUCUCCGUGACAUAGGUUCUCUGCAGGCAGCCUUGGAGUCUCUGGUAGACAUAACGGCUGCAUCAUUUCUUUUUGUGGCCGAAGUGUCCAUCACAUACAUGGAAACUGAUGCUGCCGAUGCCGUGAUCCAAUGGGCCAAUACGUUGGGGGACUCCACUUUCUGUCUCUUGGAACAGAUUCUACCCGAUGGUCCGCGGCACCCAUUCGCACAGACUAUGAUCAAGCACUUCGAGCGGCUCAAUACGCCCCUCAAAUCCAUCGACAAGUAUCCCACACAGCAAAGUCAGUCUGAACGCUUUCUAAAUAGGGGUUGGCUAAACGUUCACUGCUGGACCCUCUGGCAGGCAUGGGCCGAUGAUCGCUUUCUGACUGCCGAGGAUCGUCGCAAGCUGGAUGACGUCGAGCCUUUUGACGAGUGGGAAGAGUUUGCACUCUUUGGGAGUCACUAUGUGCUGCUACAGGCAUCAACUCGAGAUGUUCCGUCAUCUUCAGAGACCAAGUCGACCGACUACUCGACCUCGCACCCGCCUCUGCGAUCCAUUGACGUAACCCUUCAUCACAAUGACACUCAGAGCACUCAGGGUCCUCGCCGCUUCGGGACUGCCAUGGUGGUUUCGGACAUUUUGGGUCAAAGUCAUAUCGCCAACGUUCUCGGCACGGGCACGAAUCUCAGGCUGAGGUCCCUUGACCUAUAUAGUCCUUUGGGCUCAAAUCAGGACUCUGGGUUGUCAAAGUGCAGCGGGCCUGCUAGCCGCUUGUGCCAUGCAUUGACAGAUAUUGGGGACAGUGGCUAUCUCCUAUCCGGAGGCAGAGCAUCGCCCACGGCCCCUUUGGACGGGUGUUGGGUCUUUGAGAAGGGUGUCAACGAUUGGCGCCGAACCCACGAUCUCCCAGUCCCUCUGUACCGUCACACCACUGUGAGGCUCGGUCACUCCAGCCUUGCUCUCGUGUUUGGCGGUAAAACCGGAGCUUCCAAAGUCUUCGACGGCUACCUUUUAUACCAUCCCCAGAAAGGAUGGAUUAGGUGCAAAGUCAAGGGUGACAUAGUUCCUUGUCCUGUAUUUGGCGCCGUUGCUUUCUGCUCCAAGGGUACUAGCAGAGGAUCGCCACUAUUUAGGGGAGUUUUAGCUGGAGGUAUAACAGAGAAAGGUGUGAUAAUCGACCAGAUACUUCGCUGGGAACUGGAAAUUGGGGGCUUCGAAACACCGUCUAUAACAUUCAAAACGCUUGACGUGGCCACAAAGGAGCGAAACUUGAUCAACAGGUUUGGUGCUAGCUGCAACAAGUUGAAAGAACAGUACCAUGUUAUUAUCGGCGGCGUCAAGGGUACCAACUUACUUCCACACGACCAUGACGUCCUCAUCUUGCGCGAUGACGGAACCAGUACAAACCUUUCGAUUUGCAGCCGCGUCAACUUCCCAGUGUACCACAAAGAAUCAAUACCUCGGCACUUGGCAGUUGGAUCGUCCAUAGCAUGUACUGAUCAAGGCCAGAUCAUCUUGGUUGGAGGAGGGGCUACCUGCUUCUCAAUGGGCACAUUCUGGACAAAGGGAGCAUAUACGUUCCUCAUUGACCUAGAGCGGCUGUCUAAUAUGGAUACUGCCCUCUGUAGCUCGGAAGCUGCUUCACCAACCCAAGUUAACACAGAGGCUGCAGGUGCUGUGAAUGAAGAAGAUACUAUUUGGGCCAUCUCAGGGGCGGUACUCAUCUCGGAUGCGGACACAAGCGUGCUGGAUUCAACCGCGGCAACCCAUCAAGACGCUGCUCAAAUUGGCCCACAGAUUCCUCGUGUUAGGCUUGCUUCAAGAGAUGAUUUUGAACAGGUUCUGCGACAGAGAAAGCCGGUAAUAAUAGAGGGCGCUUCAAUAGGACCCUGCAUGACUGCAUGGUCUGACAGGUACCUUGUUGAGGCUGUUGGCGCUGAUAAAGAAGUAUCGAUACACGAAUCACCCAGUCAUGUGAUGGACUUCAACUCGAAAAACUUCCGCUAUGUCAACAAGAAGUUCGGCGAGUUUGUGCAAGAGAUAGCGAGCGGUCAGAAACUGUAUCUGCGCGCCCUUUCCAACGACGAACCAACCGCCAGAGCCGCCAACCUGCAGGAUGACUUUCCUCAACUUGCCAAAGAUUUCGUCUUACCCUCGGAGCUAGCAGUUGUGCGCGAAAACCUCUUCAGCUCGGUGUUACGUAUGUCUGGGCCGGUAAACAUGUGGUUGCAUUACGAUGUCAUGGCGAACGUGUAUUGCCAAAUCAGAGGGUCCAAGCGGUUCAUUCUAUUUCCACCCUGCGACGUAACCGAGCUAUCAAUCGCUGCUGGGGGCUCCAGCUCCAGCAUCGAUGUGUUUGCCGGAAUGCCAGCGCGGACGCACCCCCACGAGGCGAAGCUCGACCCCGGCGACGUGCUCUUCCUGCCGCCGCUGUGGCUCCACACGGCAACCCCGGCGUCGGACUCCCCCGGCGUGGCAGUCAACGUCUUCUUCCGUGACAUGGACGCCGGGUACAGUGCAGGUCGUGACGUUUACGGUAACAGAGACCUCGCGGCUUACGAGAAGGCGAGGCGGGACGUCGACAAGAUCCUGGCCAGCUUCAAGUCGCUGCCCAGCGAUGCUAGAGAGUUUUACCUAAAGAGGCUUGCCGAGGAGCUUCAUCAAGGGUCCAUGGCGGGCGCUUAGUAUGUUUGCUGGGGAAGGAUGGAAGUGCAAGGCCUUGAAUGUAGGUAACGGUCAAAAAAGGGAGACACUACUGAGACGAUAGAGGGGUAUUUCCUGGGUGUGAGCACAAGACGAAACAAGACGUUGCCAUGGUCCUUCGGUCCUGUUUCCAACUGCUUUUUAUGCACUGUAUGUCAAAUAACAAAUGCAGGGCAGUUGGGAGGCCUUUUAUCAUGGUGUUGGUACUGUAGUAGAAUGAUUUGAAGACAAAUAGAUAUGUGAG